GUUUAGUUUGUUUAUGUGUCUCUAGUUUUUCCUUGUUCCUUUUCUCUUCUUUUCUUUUUUUAUUUCUCUCUUUCCCUUCUUAAAGGUAGAAAUAGAAAUAAACGUAUAAAUAGAUAUGGGCAGUAAUCAGAAGAAGAAAGUUGAUGACCGUCGGCGACUUGUAGAUCCAUAUUAUGCCGAAUAUCCAACCCCUCCUCCGCCGUUAUUGCCAGAUAAAACCUCCAUGGAUAUGAAUGAUCAACAACCAUCAACUUCUCAUCCUAUAACAUCAAUCUCGUCAAUAUCAUCAACAUCUUCGUCGUCAUUACAACCUCAAGAAUUGUAUAAUAAUAAUAACAAUAAUAACAAACAAGAAGACCAAGCAUUCUCUAAGCAACCAAACAAAGAUCACUCAUAUAAAAUAUCACUUUCAGAGCAGCAAUGUACAAUCUCGACCGCUAGUUCUAGUCAGAGUCGAAAAAACAAUAACUGUAGCUUGACCACUGCUCAGCACUCAGCAAGCAAAGGGGAUACCAACCCUGAAGAACAAGAGAAGAAUAAAAAAGACGAGGAGAAUGAACAGUAUCAUGAUCCUCAAGCUGUAUCUUUACGGGAGUAUCUACAAGUAAAACAAGAAGAAGAACGAUACGCCAAACAACUUGCCUUGGCAACAGCUGCCACUGCCCCUUCAUCCUCCUCCUCCUCCUCUCAAAACAGGUCAAAUCAUAAUCAACAACAACGGCUUAUCAAUCCUCGUAUAGUAUCUUUAGAGGAAGAAAGGUACGAAUAUCUUGCAUCAACGGGAAAUACAGCUACACGUCGGCAUCCUGUGUAUCCAUCCACCAAAUUAUCAUCAAGAUCUUCAUCACAACCAGCCAUAUAUUACUCCACUCCAACUUCGCAUACAACCAUUGCACCUUUUACCUAUCCGUCCAUAUCACCUCCUGCACAUUAUAUAUAUUCAACUCCACAAUACAUGCGCCCUCCUCCUCCACCUCCGCCUCCUCCAAUAAAUGAUUCAUGUUGCCCUUGUUGCUGCAAUGAAUAUCGAGGUGGUCCAUGUGUUGAUUUAUGUGUAUGUUUAGGGUAUUUGCUUUGGAUACUUCUUUUUGCAACUGGUAUAGCAUUGGUGGUGACUUCUGUUAUUUUGAUAAACCAAUGUCCCUCAUCAUCGUCGUCAUUAUCUGCCAUCACAUGUUCUUCUGUAUUCCAUAAUGGAUUGCUUUAUGGUGGAAUAGCUUUAUCCGCUCUAAGUCUAUUAUUUCUUCUUUGGCGAUGUACUCGAGCUUGUUGUUGUUCUCCUGCUGCCCCCAUGAUGAGACAGCCAAAGUAAUAAUAUGUUAACAUAGUAG